AUGGAGCACAAUUCUUCAAGGCCUCUCUUCCUGUACUUGCCGUUUCAAAAUGUUCAUGGUCCGGUUCAAGCACCUCAAAAAUACAUUGACAAAUACAGCUUCAUCGAAAACAAGACGAGGAGGACGUAUGCAGCCAUGCUGGAUAUUGUCGAUGAAGCUAUUGGUAACGUGACAAGGAGCUUAGAAAAAGCAGGGUAAUAUACAUUGGUUUCCUAUAUUUUCAGCUCAGUUCGUAGAGCGCCGGUUUGCCGCACUGCGUAAGUAGUGAUUCGAACCGCAAACAGAAGCUAAAACAACCAAAGUCUUAUGAAUCUUGGCAAAAACGUCUGGACCAGUACUGGUUGUGAUGUACUUCAAUUCAGUCCAUACUGCUUUCGAGAGAGAGGGUAGCGUAGAGUCCGGUUGUGUGGUAUAAAUCAGUCCUCUCUAAGGCAUAUAUUGUGGGGGCUUGCCUCGUCGGUAUAUUGUACUUCAAGACCCUAAAGUGCCCCUGACAUAACUUUACUAUACCAAAUUAUAAAAUAACUAAGAUAGUACGCGCGCUCUGAUUGGCCGAGAGGAGUGUUUCCAUCAGAGUAUAUAAACAUGGUUGUCGCGUCAAGAUGUUUUGCUUUUCGUGCGCUAAUCACGCAAGCACAAAUUUGAAAAAGUUUUCAAGUUCAAAACUCGACAAGUUUACUUAAUUUACCCAUCCCUUCGUCGGCUGAAACUUGGAAAAUCGUUACAAAGAACGUGUGUCAAUUUUUUUUUUCGCUUAAGCUUACAUUUUAAGCGAGAAAAGUCCGUAUUUUGGAAAGCAUCCUUUUGCAAAACAAGAACUGACUACGCGUGCAAGACUUAGUGGACAAGACUUUGCGACUGGUAAGAAUUUCUCUUUUAAUCAGUGCCAUAAAAAGAGUUUUGCGUCCUUUCUCGUGAAAUUUAUUUUAUAAAAGCAAUAGAAAACUUUUUUCCUGUGUUUGCAUAACCUGAUGUAAAUACUCGGGGGCGUUGGGAGAAUUCUCGACAGUUAUGCAAACCCGAGACUUCGUCUCGGGUUUGCAUGCUGUCUCGAAUUCUCCCAACCCCUCUCGUGUUUAUAUCAGGCUAUGCAAACACGGAAAACGUUUUCUGUUUUAAAUGAAACACCAAUUGAAUCAGACGGUCCAGUAUCUCUAUAUUCUAUUUUUGAUGACCCAAAACUGAAACGUUUGCGAAAAUGUUGAAGUAAUUGUCAAUUAUACUGGCCAUCGUCGACGGUAUACUCUGCAUAUUUAAAAAGAGGUGCUAUGUAAUUGAUAGGCACUGUACCACUAGCGAAGGCAGGAAAUAAAUACAUGAUAUCAUUAUCAAUUAUCCUUUCACAUCAGCCUUUGGGACAACACUUUGUUCAUCUUCACCACUGACAACGGAGGGCGUCCUAAGUCAGGAGGUUAUAACUGGCCUUUGCGCGGACAGAAGGGAAGUCUCUUGGAGGGAGGAGUACGAGGGGUGGCAUUUGUCCAUGGGCCAAUGCUGAAGAAAACAGGCGUGAAAAGUAAAGAAUUGCUUCACUCCACGGACUGGUAUCCCACACUGAUCAACCUCGCAGGUAAGAAGGAGGGGAGGGGGGUCCGAGGGGUGGCUUUUGUCCAUCAGCCAAUGUUUAAGAAAAGAGGCGUCAAAAGAAAGGAUGCAGAGUAGUGCUUCACUCCACGGACUGGUAUCCUGCACUUAUCAAUUGUGAUAAUAGCUAGAUAUUGUCAGUCCAAGUGCGAAAACACUAUGGGCCAGUUAUUUAAACGGAGUUUAGCCAGUGCCAGUUUGCCGAACGCCUUAUGUAAACACCAUUUAUUGUCAACAGUGUCAUGAAAGCAUAUAGCGUAGACUAGAAAAGCGUUUGUCCUCUUAAAAUAACCCGCCGAGGAAGAAGAGAUCUGGAGGUCCGAAGGUUUCCUAAACUUGCGGUCUAACUUAGAUUUCGUUUAAAUAACCAACCCUAUAAGUCUUGCUACAAUCGGCGACAAAAUGAGUUGAGACACUUCGCCCAAAAGUAGGCUUUUUUACGUUUUAUGAACUUCAAAAGGAGGAAAUAUAGCUUUCCUCCCCCAUCCUCUCUGUACAAUGUUGGGCCCUUGUCCUAGCUACCUAUAGAAAACAACAAACACCCCAACUUUGAAUGGAGGGGACAGGGGAGGGGUGCGGAUUCUUUUGUUCUCCGAAGUCACCCUAUUUAAGUACAAUGUCUCAACAAUUUUGUCGCCGAUUGUCUGAAUCUCAAAAGUGGCCGUCCGUCCUUUAGAAAGUUAAUUGAAUUCAUUUUUUUAUGCUGGGAUGUAAGACCCCUGGUGGCUUUUUAUUUGUUAUGUUUGACUUCAUCAUAUCUAUUUUAGAACAAUUAGAAUAAGGCGAUUUCGUUAUUUUCAGUGCGUGACAUUUCGUGUCACGCUUAACCGUGCCUUGACAUCGUGCGAUGUGGCGCGUCGGGCACGAUUUCUUAUUCUCUCCUUUAUCGAAACGCAUCGAAACAAAGAACAAAGUG